GGAAAAACGGUAAACGUUCUCGUACCUUAUGAAACAAAAAUUAUGUGCUGUUGUCUUCAUCGUCUUCAGGGAAUCAUCACUACGUAACCUGCUUCCGUAUCAGAGUUCGUUCUUCCAAACUCACGGUUAAUGUGCUGAACCAACGACACGGAUUCAACCCCGAUCAGCAGAAUCUCAGAAGACAUAUUGCCUUUGCUUGAUUGCCAUGAACUUCACUGCUAAGAUCGCAUGCAUUGCCGUCGUCGUUCUCGCGAUUUGUGAAAACAACAUUGAUCUCCGGGUUCAUGGCUUUGCCCCUAAACGCUCUCCGAAAUCGGCGGCAACGCAAUGCACCGGCGCUCGUUUCUUGCUUCCGGCCGCACAUUAUGGUGUAGAUCUGGUGGAACCACCGAUGGCGGCGAUGGAUAGGACUAGAGGUAAUAGUGGCAUCAGCAGCAACAACAGGAGGAAUAGCGCCUUUUUAGUCCAGCGGGAAGCACUGAAGGCUGUCGCAAAUAACCAACCAGUUUCGGGAUCCUUCCGCUCCUUCGAAACGGUUUCGACGACAGUUCUGUCAAUGGCUGAUGAAGGCUCGUCCCCAGUGACUGAUGGGGGCCAAAAUUCUCUCUCGUCUGCAUCGAAACCGACACCGUCGUCAGCCGUCGUCGUAGGAACCAAUAAGCGUAACUUUUUCGCUUCGCUCAAUUCGAAGGAGAUCCUCAACGGAGCCACCCAGCAGCGAUCAGCCCUGCUGGCAACAAUGAUCGACGAGAAGAAAGUAGUGCCAGUUGAGAGCGGAAACGAUGCGUUGUCCACGGCGACAGAAACCGAACCGAUCCCGACAGUCAGCUACGCAAGGCCCGGAUCGACCCAAACCUUCAUGAAGCCUGGUUCUGUGCGUUCGAAUGCUAAGGUCGCCGAGGGUACCUGGAAGGUGAUCUAUGCACCCCACAUGACGACCGCCAUGGACAUCUUUCGCGGGAGGUUCGACGUGACCUAUGAUCUCUUUCCAGACCAGACCAUGGUCAGCCACGCGUAUUACGACUUUCCCGUAUUCGGAAAAGGAUAUCUAUCAGUAAGCGGAACCUACGGUAGCGUCGAGGGCGACGAUUCUGGCACGUACUCACGAGUGGACUUCGACAAGGCGUGGAUCAAACGCCUGGCAUCUGAAGAUUCAAACGAUUCGAACAGCGUACCGUACGGUAGCCUUUCCGAGGUUCCCGACUCGUUUCUGAAAACUGCCAUCAACGAGAUCGGUAAGCGCGCCUUUAUCGAAUCGGUGGCGGUCUUCCCCGUCUCGUUUCUAGACGACGAUACGAUAGUCUUUGAAUUCCAAGCACUCGGGACGAAGAUCUGUGCCCACAAACAAUAGCCCUGGCCGCUACACUUGAACACCUGUAAUCGACUGUCGAAAUCAGCGAGCCAGAAGAAUGGGGUUUUCUCCACAGAUUUUGGUUUCUUGUUCCUCCAGAAAAUGUCACCGAUAGAUAUGAAAGCUUUGURAAACGAAGGGACAUCACCGCAUUUGAGCACUUUUUGUUGAUGUAGUUUUAUAUUUCGAUGGCGUCCCGCGAUAUUUUCGAUGAUGUCUUCUGAACCGCAGAUGCAUUGCUACGCAAGAAAAGGAACGACAUACGUAUCGGCUAACAUAUUCUGUAGAGUAGAUGUAGUAUUGAAUACCUCAAUGUAAACUAAGAAAAUGGCCCGGCGCAUUGCAAUAUAAUUCAAUCUCCUCCAUUCGUUUUGUCAAUACUCUGUAGGCGUUGUUUCAAAUUCCAUUCGAGUGACAGUAGUGACGCCGUUGGAAGCCGGAAGCAAGAUGGAAACAAAGCGAAUGGCAACAAACUUUCCGGUCAUUCGUUGGGAGUGAUCGACUCAGACGGGAGCUUUGGAAGGAAAGAUCCUAUUUCACCGUUACUACGAAAGUUCGAAUGUCCAUCGCCUCAAGUGAAAUUAUAGUGCUGUCUGAUUUCGUCGAAUAUCUUCGUUCUUGUCGAAGCGAUUCUGUUGUGCCUCGUUCUCCAUUAGAUCGAAGCAUAGCCCAGUCGAACCGCUGCCUUUUCCAAUCUUCGAUGUCACGAUUCCCACUCAGCGUUGUUUCUCGAAAGCCAUCGAUUUGCUCGCGUGGGAAAAGCAACGACAGGUCGACGUCCGUUCUCUCUCCAUACUGAUGACCCAGACGAACCAAAUAUUCUGUUGAAUCGGCCUUGUACAACGGUCGCUUGGUGAUUAGCAUCACAUUCACGGGCAAUGGCUUCGUGAUGCCAGAAAAGCUCUUUGCAUGAAACGGGAAUUCUUCUGCAGUCGGAUUUGUACCCACAAAUACAAGAGGAUCGGCGAAGGAGUCGUCCAUGACCGACCGAGCCAGUCGUUCUCCAUCGUUCCCCACAAGAAUCCGGUGCUUUCCUCGAAUGACCAGCCCCUCUCCAAUUCGAGUAGCGUUCCCAUAGGGAGCACAGGGAGUUAUGCCGACGUCGGUCUCGUUGAUGGGCUCACCUACACCUUUGUGGUCGUCUCCUCCGAUGGUUCUACGGUGAACCAUCAGUUCGAUGGUGCCGUCCACUAUUGAUCCACCCCCCUGUGACCGAUCCGUGAGAACCGCAAACGCAGGCCCUGCGGUUUUCUCCGAAUCUUUUUCAUUAUGCAACACUUCUUGUUCCUCGAUGUAAAUAGCUGUGUUGAUGGGAUAAUAAUUGCCCGCCACGGGUUCGAAAACGGUCAGGUCCCAAGUCGGUCGGUAGUUGCGUUGCCGUUUGAUGAAUUCUCUACCGUUCGAAUCCGUAUAAAAUGUGGCAUCGUUG